AUAGUGCUGGGAAGACACAGAGGAACAUUGUGCUCGAGUUACCCAUCGCGUGUGUGCAAGCACAGUUUGCUUUUUCUCGGACUGGCAACAGUUUGCUUUGCCGAUUGCGAAACUUGAUUGGUAAACCGUUUUACAGAAUAUACCCUGACCCAAAUCCGUGGCCAGGGGUUCCAGAUCAGCGCUCUGUCCCAUCGCAACGGCACAAGAGGACAGCUGACAAAAAGACAAUUCUGCCAGGAUAGGUGGAGCCAGAAGCGCUCAUUUUUGUUUUUAUGUUUUCCGUCAUAAUGGAGGAGACGGUGAUGUAGGCUUACCUCAGGCUCAGCCGAGACCGUAGCCAGAUUAAUAACAGUGAAAUAUUUCACCAAAUAUCAAGUGAACAAACACUGUUUAAUCAUAUAAAGAAAAAUUAGUUAAUUACAGUGCAUGUGUGAAAAAAAGCAUCCAUUUUUCUCAGACAUGAAGUUAAUUUUUUUGACACUGCUGGUUAUUAUUGGAAUUACGGAUUCAAGAUCAGAGCAGUAUGAAGCUGUGGAACCUGCAGAUACAGUAUUUGCUUUAGCUGGUGAAGAUGUUUUUCUGCCCUGUUCAGUUAAACCCUACAUCAGUGUUGUGGACAUGAGAGUGGAGUGGUUUAGACCUGAUCUGAAAAACGCACUAGUGUAUCUCUAUGAGGAUCAUGAUGACAGAAACACAAAUCAGAGUCAGUCCUACAGAGGGAGAACAAAACUGAAUCAUCAAGAAUUACAGAGAGGAAACGCAUCACUCAAACUCUCAUCUGUCCAAGUCUCUGAUGAAGGACGUUACAAGUGUUUAAUUCAGUCCAAAUCCUGGUCUGUUAAUGCCACUGUUAUUGUCAGAGUUGAGGCUGUUGCAGGAAGUCCUCCGGUGAUCAUUGUAGAUGGAUUUGAUCAAUCAGGUGGGCUUCGUCUACAGUGUGAAUCUGAAGGUUGGUAUCCUGAACCUGUUCUUGAGUGGCUGGACAGUGAAGGAGUCCGUUUGAGUUCAGAAACUGCAGAGACACACAGAAAUGAAGAUGGAUUCAGUGUUAAACACACCCUCACUGUAUAUGAGACAGACAGCAAGAUUCACUGCAGAGUCAAACUGAGACAUCACAUGCUGGAGACAAUGAUUAUCGCCACAAGUAAUAUGUUUGAUCUCUGGAGGACAUCAGUCAUCCUGAUUUCAGUAGCUGUUGUGCUCAGUGUGAAUGCUGGAAUACUGAUAGCUGUGUUUACUAAGAAUAACAGAAAAUUUGAUCAACGUUUACAAAAUCAGAAGAUGAUUAUAUUACAAGAGAUCACGCAUUUAAGAACACACACAGCAGGGGAUGUGAUUCUGGAUGCUGACACGGCUCAUCCACAUCUCAUUGUGUCUCGUGAUGGGAAACAAGUGAGUUAUGGAAACACACAACUGGAAGGAGUGAAUGGAAAAAGAUUUAAUGAUUAUCUUGGUGUUCUUGGGAAGGAUGGAUUCUCCUCAGGAUGUUUUUACUAUGAGGUUCAGACGAAGGGGCAAACUGAGUGGGAUUUAGGAGUGGCCAGAGCAUCUGUUUACUGGAUGGGCUUGACUGUUGUGAGUCCUAUGAUUGGAUACUGGACUGUGAGUCUGAGAGAUGGGGAGUGUUGGGCUCGUAAGUCUCCACACGUAUCUCUUCCUCUGAAUGUGAAUCCUCAGAGGGUCGGUGUGUUUGUGGAUUAUGAGAAGGGUCUUGUCUCUUUUUAUGAUGUGGAGGGUAUGUCUCUUAUGUAUUCUUACACUAAUCAGUCUUUUGAUGAGAAACUCUAUCCAUUUGUUAGUUUGGGGUAUCUGAGGAAUGAAAACUCAACACCACUGAUUAUCUGUGAUGAUUACUUCUGAGAUCAGUGGCUGCAUUUGCAUGUUGAAGUAAAUGAAAUAAAAGGAAAUACAAUAAUUGCAAGAGUUAUAGCAAUACAUAUUAAAUAUUAUUUACACUACCAGUUAAAAAUGUGGACAUUUGGAUAAUAAUGAAAAGCAUCAUGAAGAGCUUAUCAUACAGUUAACAUACAGUGUCUUUUUAAUCCUGUUUUUGUUAUCAUUUGUUAUCGUGUGUGUACGAAUUUGUGUGUGAAAUAAUGGCACCUGGGCCAGGUGUCAUAUGUUUCACUCAUUUCUCAGUCUAUUUUUUCUUUUAAAUUUUAAAAAGGUGUUGUAUUUUUGGUUUUAUUUCAUUUGAAUAUUUUACUUAAAAAUCUAUUUCAGUCCAUCAAAUUGAUAGGAAAAGCGAGACUACUUCCACAAAUGCCAAUCAUAAAUCCUAUAGACAAAGCUUGCAGACACAUGACUACACAGAGAGAAUGAUUUCAGUGGCCCGUUUAUUAGCUGGAAUAAUGGGAGGGACUCUUUCAUUGCGUGGGUUAUUCGGUGAUAGGUGAAAGAGAAAAUCAACCUGGAUUAUUUUAUUUAUGACUGUUACAAACUGUCAUAUGAACUCUGGAUUGCUUUAUUAAUAUCAUAUCAUAUAUCAUAUAAACAACUGAGUAGGUAAGUUGUGUCACAACUGAGAAAUACAUUUACCUGAACAAGAGUUUGUUUAGCAUGAGUGAUAUGAGGUCUUAUAUUGGUUUAGAACAAAGAAUAUAUAUUCUUACAAAUGACAUAAGAGUUUUUUUAAGUAUUUUGUUGUUGUUGUUUUUACAAAUAUAAAACAAAGUAAAUGUUAUAUGUAGAUACACGUUGUGUAUUUGCAUCCUACUCUGUCAUGAUUGGUUUAACCAGUUUUCUUGUAACAGAAGGGUGUGUGUGGGUCCGAAAACCAGUCAGUAUCUUGUGUGACCACCAUUUGCCUCAUGCAGUGCAACACAUCUCCUGGAGUUGCUGGAUAUUGGCAGGAACUGGAACACGCUGUUGUGUACAAAAGUAUGUGAAUCUCUAGGAUUAGCUGUUAAUUUGAAGGUGAAAUUAGAGUCCAUCUGUUCAGAUGUGUUUUUAAUCAGUGAGAUGAGGUGUCAGUGUGUGCCCUGUUUUAUCUAAAGAACAGGGAUCUAUCAAAGUUUGGUCAUGUUUGUGGUAGUGUAUCAUGACACAAACAAAUGAGCUCUCCGAGGACCUCAGAAAAAGAGUUGGUGUUGCUCAUCAGGCUAGAAAAGGUUUCAAAGCCAUCUCUAAAUAGUUUGGAAUCCACCAAUCCACAGUUAGACAGAUCGUGUACAAAUGGAGGAAAUUCAAGACCACUGUUACCCUCCCCAGGAGUAAUCCACCAACAAACAACACUCUUAACAGCAAGACUUGUAAAAUCCACUAGGUUUCAAAGGACUGCAGGCUAACUUUUAAGCAACUAAAGGCCUUUCUCACAUUGGCUAAUGUUAAUGUUUAUGAGCCCAUCAUCAGGAGAACACUGAACAACCAUGGUGUGCAUGACAGAGUCGCAAGAAGAAAGCCACUGCUCUCCAAAAAGAACAUUGCUGGCCAUUUGCAGUUUGCUAAAGAUAAUGUGGACAAACCAGAGGAAUACUGGAGAAAUGUUUUAUGGAUGGAUGAGACCACAAUAGAACAUUUUGGUUUAAAUGAGCAGUGUUAUGUUUGGAGAAAGAAAACCUUAUCCCAUCUGUGAAACAUCAUGGUAGUAGUAUCGUGGUUUGGGCCUGUUUUGCAUCUGGUCCAGGACAGCUUGCCAUCAUUGAUGGAACAAUGAAUUCAAAUUAUACCAGCAAAUUCUGAAGGAAAAUGUCAGGACAUCUGUCCAAGAACUGAAUCUCAAGAGAAAGUGGGUCAUGCAGCAAGACAACGACCCCAAGCACACAAGACAUUAUACCAAAGAAUGUUUAAAGAAGAACAAAGUUGAUGAUUUGGAAUGACCUUAAUCCGGACCUUAGUCCAAUUGAAAUUUUGUGGAAGGACCUGAAGCAAGCAGUUCAUAAGAGGAAACCCACCAACAUCACAGAUGAAGUGGUACUGAGGAAUGGGCUAAAAUUCUACAAGCUGUUGUGAAGUACUGAUCAGCAGCUACAAGAAAUGUUACUUGCAGUUAUUGCUGCAAAAGAGGUCACACCAGAUACUAAAAGCAAAGAUUCACAUACUUUUGCCACCCACAAAUAUUUAACACAAGAUCAUUUUUCUCAAUAAAUAAA